AACCCGAGACGGAAAUUGUCAGACUGAAGAGACAGGAGGAAACUAAACCAAAGCCUUGGAAAUGAGAAAACACUGUGGUUUAAACUAUCUUUGUUUAAUUUGAUCUAAGUUUUUCUUCUUUAGUGGCUUUAUAAAGAAGUUGGGCACUUGUAUAGAUACUUUGGAGUUAGUUUUUCUACUUUUUUGGCAUUUCAAAGGUGUGAAUUCCAGAAGUGGGACGGUGAGAGAAGAGGGAGGAGCUGUUGGGUGCCCCAUGUCUGGGCUCUGUCUGAAUGGUAAAUAGAUGGUCACAUGGGGCAAUAGUCUUGAAGUAGUGGGGGGAAAGGGAGGGAGAGGAAGAACAAGGAGAGAGUGAGGAAAUAUACUGGAGGACUUUGGCCUGCCCCAUGUGCAGGAGGCGGUACUUUCUCCCUGAGUGUAGAGGACACCACAAAGAGAGAGGAAACAAAAGAUUUGGAGUUUGUGAGGGUGCAAGUUAAGCAGCUACAAUCAUCCCAGUUUUCAUCAUUGGACACCUGCUGAUAGUUUCUCCCGGAUAAAAGAAAAACCAAGAUGCCCACAAAUUUCACUGUGGUGCCAGUGGAGGACGUGGAGGAUAGUAGCAACACUGGGGCUGCAGCGGGAGAGAGCAGGCCUAUCAGUCUGGGCAAGAUCUUUAAAGCGGAAACGGAUGUGGAUAACUUACAGGAACGUUAUUCAGAAGGAGAUGAUGACCAGAGAGAGUCCAGUCCAUUUCUCAACUCAGAUAGUGACAGAGAGAACAGUUAUGAAGGCAAGAACAUGGCGUUAUUUGAGGAAGAGAUGGACAGUACCCCAAUGGUAUCAUCUCUUCUUAACAAGUUGGCCAACUACACCAACCUCUCCCAGGGUGUUCGUGAGCAUGAAGAGGCUGAAGAUGGGGUCAGGAGGGUCGCUGUCAUGGUCCCCCAGAUGGGAACAUUCAUCGGGGUUUUCCUGCCCUGCAUGCAGAACAUUCUCGGUGUGAUUCUGUUUCUGCGUCUUACUUGGAUUGUUGGCACGGCGGGAAUCCUGGGAUCUUUCGCCAUGGUCUCAAUGUGCUGCAUCUGUACUUUGCUCACUGCUAUAUCGAUGAGUGCCAUAGCAACCAAUGGAGUUGUACCUGCCGGUGGUUCAUACUACAUGAUCUCUAGAUCUUUGGGCCCAGAAUUUGGAGGAGCAGUGGGUCUUUGUUUUUACCUUGGAACUGCUUUUGCUGGGUCGCUGUACAUACUGGGCACCAUAGAGAUUCUGCUGACAUACAUCGUUCCCACAGCCACAGUGUUCGACCAUGAUGAUGAAAAGCUCAACAACAUGCGCAUCUAUGGGACUUGCUGCCUGGUCCUGAUGGCACUUGUAGUGUUUGUAGGGGUUAAGUAUGUGAACAAACUGGCGUUGGUGUUUCUCUCCUGUGUGGUUCUUUCCAUCAUGGCAACUUAUGCAGGUGUGAUCAAGACAGUUAUUGAACCACCAGAGUUUAGUGUCUGUUUGUUGGGGAAUCGCUCUCUUAAGAAUGACAUGUUUGACACGUGCUCAAAGAUGGAAACAGUAAAUAACGACACCGUCACCACCGACCUGUGGAGUCUCUUCUGCGAUAGUAAACAUCCCAACGCGACCUGUGAUGAAUAUUUCUCCUUAAAUAACUUGACAGAAAUAAAGGCCAUACCUGGGCUCUUGAGUGGAGUUAUCAAAGAGAACUUGUGGGGCAACUAUGGCCCAGCUAAUAUGGUCAUAGAGAAGACAAAUCUGUCUUCAGUACCAGUUGAGGAACCAGUCAAAAAUACACAGAAGAGCUACGUCUUCAGUGACAUCACCACUUACUUCACAUUACUGGUGGGGAUAUACUUUCCAUCUGUCACAGGCAUAAUGGCUGGCUCUAACAGGUCUGGUGACCUUCGUGAUGCCCAGAGAUCCAUCCCAAUAGGAACUAUCAUGGCUAUUCUCACUACCUCUUUCAUCUAUAUUUCCUUUGUGGUCCUGUUUGGGGCCUGUAUUGAAGGAGUGGUGCUGAGAGACAAGUUUGGUGACUCAGUAAAGAAGAACCCUGUAAUCGGUAUUCUGGCCUGGCCGUCACCUUGGGUGAUUGUGAUUGGCUCAUUUUUCUCCUGUUGUGGUGCCGCACUGCAGAGCCUGACUGCUGCCCCCCGGCUGUUGCAGGCCAUAGCUCGUGAUGGCAUCAUCCCAUUCUUACAUGUCUUUGGUCAUGGGAAGGCUAAUGGUGAGCCCACUUGGGCUCUUUUGCUGACGGUUGGGAUUUGUGAGAUAGGAAUUCUCAUCGCUUCUCUGGAUGAUGUGGCCCCUAUCCUCUCCAUGUUCUUCCUCAUGUGCUAUCUGUUUGUCAACCUGGCCUGUGCUGUUCAGACUUUGCUCUGUACUCCAAACUGGAGACCUCGCUUCAAAUUCUAUCACUGGACUUUAUCCUUCUUAGGGAUGAGUCUCUGUCUGUCCCUCAUGUUCAUCUCCUCCUGGUACUAUGCGAUAUUUGCCAUUGUGAUAGCUGGCUGUAUCUACAAAUACAUUGAAUACAAAGGGGCAGUGAAGGAAUGGGGUGACGGGAUCAGGGGUCUGUCCUUAAAUGCGGCCCGCUAUGCUCUCAUCCGCCUGGAGGAAGCACCACUGCACACCAAAAACUGGAGGCCACAGCUGUUAGUAUUGUGUAAGCUGGACUCAGACCUGGCAGUGAAGCACCCUCGUCUCCUGUCUUUAACCACACAGCUAAAAGCGGGGAAGGGACUGACCAUCGUCUCUUCAGUCCUGCAGGGAACAUACAUGGCCCGCAAGAAGGAUGCCCACACUGGAGAACAGAACUUGAAAGCAGCCAUGGCUGCAGAGAGGACAAAGGGCUUCUCCCAUGUGGUGGUGUCUUCCAACCUGCGGGAUGGGUUCUCCAUAUUAAUCCAGUCUGCAGGACUGGGAGGAAUGAAGCACAAUGCUGUCCUGAUGGCCUGGCCAGCAGGCUGGAAACAAGCCCGAGACUCCUCUGCAAGGCAGAACUUCAUAGAGACGGUGAGAGAGACAACGACAGCACAUCAAGCUCUGCUGGUUGCUAAGAACAUCGACCAUUUCCCUGGCAACCAAGAGCGUCUGAAAGAGGGCACAAUUGAUGUGUGGUGGAUCGUACAUGAUGGUGGAUUACUCAUGCUGCUGCCAUUUCUGCUUAGUCAGCACAAGGUGUGGAGGAAGUGCAAAAUGCGAAUCUUCACAGUGGCCCAGAUGGAUGACAACUCCAUCCAGAUGAAGAAGGACCUCCAAAUGUUUCUCUACCAACUACGCCUGGAUGCAGUGGUGGAGGUGGUAGAGAUGCAUGACAGCGAUAUCUCGGCCUUUACAUAUGAGAAGACGCUGAUGAUGGAGCAGAGAUCUCAAAUACUCAAACAGAUGCAUCUGUCCCGCACUGAGAGGGAGAGAGAGAUUCAGAGCAUUACAGAUGUAUCGCGUGGCUCCGCAAAGAGAAAGAAGAGGUCUGGCAUUGAUGCCUUACCCCUCAGCAUUCAGAGCAUUCCAGAGGAUGAGGUAGCCACGGCAACCAAACAGUUUUUAGCCCAGUUGAUUCACGACCGGAACACGGCAUCUCAUUCUGCAAUGACAGACAAAGAUGCAGGUGCCACGCCAGAUCGUGUCCACAUGACGUGGACCAAAGACAAAAUGCUCAACGAGAGGAACAAGCAGAGAGAAGGAGCUGCCGUAAAGGAUCUGUUUAAUAUGAAACCUGAGUGGGAGAAUCUCAACCAGUCCAAUGUGAGGAGGAUGCACACAGCUGUGAAGCUGAAUGAGGUGGUGGUCAAGAAGUCCCAUAAUUCAGAGCUGGUCCUUCUCAACAUGCCAGGCCCACCCAAGAACAAGAAAGGAGAUGAGAACUACAUGGAGUUCUUGGAGGUCUUAAUGGAAGGCCUAGACCGUGUUCUGUUGGUUCGUGGAGGAGGUCGGGAAGUCAUUACGAUCUACUCUUAGCGCCAAAAGAUUUUGAAUUGUUUUGAAUGACAUUUGGAGGACACGUGGUUGGAAAGGAGACUAGGUGGUAAGCUGACAGAAGACAGAGAAGGGACAGUGAAAGUAGGAAAAAUGCCUCCUUCUACACUGCCAGGAAAAGAAAAAUGUGCCAAUAACAUUUUGGAGAAGGACACAGUCAAGGACACAGGACCCUGUCUGCAGCUUCUGGCGGCAUUGAAGGCUCUCAAGCUUCUCUAACUCACUUCUUUACAUUACAAGAUAAAAAAUGGUAGCUGCAUUGGAAAAAUGUUCAUUCUUCACUGUUUUCAAAGACUUGUCAUUUAAAGCCAAUGCAAUGUAUUAUUUAUAUUCCUUCUUGGGACGUUAAUUGAAGGAGCAGCUUAUUUUUAAUGAAACCAGUGAGAUGACUGGCUCCACUGAGAAAUGCAGACACAAUAAACAGAAGUCCUUCGUGAUUUCAGUCCCAGUUAUGAAACUUCAGAUUUUAGAAUGAUGGUAUGUGUUGAACAUGUUUAAAAAAUAUAUUUAACUUUUAAGUUAAUUACUGUGAACAAAUGUGAAAGUAAUGCUAAUUAAUUUAGAUUUUGUCAUUGCAGAUUAACUGAAACACCUAUGACAUGCAUGUUAGACCACAUGUGAAAGCUUAUUUCAUAGAAAACCACUGAUGCUUUGUAUCAUUGGUACUCUUAGUAAUGAGGCAAACUGAAAGACUGCUGUACAUAUAAGUUUUUAUUUUCUGUUUUUUAAGUUUAGCACUGACUGAAUUAAAUGUGCUAUAUGUUAUUUUGCUUAGAGAAAUCUAAUUAAACAAAAGUUUUGUUAGUCUUUGUAA